CUCUCUGAACCCGGCCACACUGUAGCACUUAGACAUAUCACACACACACACACACACACACACACAUGACUUGGCAUAGAGGGAAAAGGCAAGGGAAUGACCGACACAAGCAGACGAGUGGAAAUUCUCACGACUGGAAGAUAAAGAGAAACCAAAGAGAUUUAAAAGAAAAAAAAAAAAAAGAAAAGACAGACCUUCUAAAGAAGUAGAAAAGGAGAGGACUCUAAGAGAAAAGGACUGCAGGGGGAGGUGUAGCCGUGGAACUGACUGAGGAACAGAUUGAAAAGAAGAGCUCAAGAAAAGAGAGAGAGAGAGUGGGAGAAAGAGAAGUAGUGGGGGAGGAAAGUAAAUCGACUGAAAGCACUGAAGGCUUUUGGUGAGACCCUGAGACAGAAAGUGAAAAACUGGAGGGGGUUCCACAGUCUGGAGUCUGGACUAAGGGCUUCAGAUAAACCAGAGGGGAGAAGAAGGAGCUUCUGCAAUCGUUCGAUAUGGAACUUAAAUGUGUGUCCCUGGUUUUAGGCCUCCUGGUGCUGCCGGUGUUUGCUGAUGAAGCUGAAGCAGGAUGUAAUUACGGAUAUCAGAUGAUAAACGGAGUGUGUGAAGAUGAGAACGAGUGUGAAGUUAAACGCUGUGGUAAUCACUCUGUGUGUUAUAACACACUCGGGGGUUAUUAUUGCCAGUGUGAGAAAGGGUUUAAAAACUCUUACAAAACUACAAACUUCACUGCCACCACAGGACAAUGUCAAGAUAUAAAUGAGUGCACUGUGAAUGGAUCAAGCCCUUGUCCUGCGAAUGCAAAGUGUCAAAACACAAUCGGUUCUUACCGGUGUGUGUGUUUACCUGGGUUUCAAGAUAAAAAAGUUGGUUCUACAUUCACCUGUGCAGAUAUUAAUGAGUGUAAAUCAAUGCCCACUUUUUGUGGACCGCAUGGUGUGUGUAUCAACACACAUGGCAGUUUCGCCUGCUCAUGUUCCACUGGUUUUCGUAACCAAGGCCAGAGCAACACCACUUGUGAAGACAUCGAUGAAUGUGAUGGAGAAGAACAUGUUUGUGGUCAAGGCAGCAACUGUUCCAACAGUGAAGGGAGUUACUUAUGUCAGUGCAAGUCUGGUUACAGUAACUAUGGAAACAAUCAGACUAAAUGCACAGAGUUGACAUGUAACAAAUUUAACAAGACAUCUGAAAAGGUAGGAACAGUGAUGGAUGGUUUAUUGGAUCUUUUCACCACAAGUUGUGGGUCAUUAAGUGGUUCAUCAAGGGAACGUCGCUCAGGAGAAACCUUACUUCAGAACCUGCUGAAUGUGACAGGUGGUGUGUUAUCAGGUGGGAACCUGAACUCGAGCUCGACUCUGAGUGUGUUUUUCGGAGCAGUGGAGAACACGAUGAGGCUCAUCGCACCUCAGCUCAACGAAAACACAACCAGGAUGGACAACGAGGACACUGAGGCGUGGCUUACAGUCAGAAAGGAUCUGACUCCGCCCACUGGAUCUGUCACACUGGUCACAGACAAUGUGCAGCUUAACACGAGCUGGGAAACUGCAGUGGGUGCAAAUUAUCCAGGUUUUGCAUAUGUGGCGUUGGUCAGUUACAAAAGUCUAAACUCCACCAAAGUGUCGCCUCCAGUCAAAACGGGCGCUGAGACGUCGCACAUAAACACCACCUACCUGCUCAACUCUGAAGUGGUGACAGCGCUCAUCAGUAACACGGACACACACUCUCUGCCUGAGCCUGUCACUCUCACCUUCCGACACAAAAAUGAGAGAGAAGUCUCCAAGGGCUUGAACUACAGCUGUGUGUAUUGGGCUGGAGAUGAAGGUGGAGGGACGUGGUCAGGAGAAGGGUGUGUGAAGGCCGUGUUUAACUCCACUCACGCCGUGUGCAAGUGGGAACACCUGAGCAGCUUCGCUGUCCUUAUGGCCCUGUAUCCCAUUGAGGACACGUUUGAGUUGGUAUGGAUCACUAGGGUUGGUCUCACCAUCUCCAUUAUCUGUUUAUUCCUUUGUAUCCUGACAUUCUUGCUCUGUCGCUCCAUCCAUGGAACCCGUACAACCAUACACCUCCACCUGUGUGUGUGCCUCUUCAUCGCCAACAUCAUCUUCCUCUUCUUCAUAACCAGCACAGAGAACAAGGUCGGUUGUGCAUCAGUCGCAGCACUUCUUCACUUCUUCUACCUGGCUGUGUUCUGCUUCAUGCUGCUGGAGGGAGUGCAGCUCUACCGCAUGCUGGUUCUGGUUUUCCACACCACGCUCCAUCCAAUGUACCUGUACGCUGUGGGUUAUGGCAUUCCUCUCGUCAUUGUCGUCAUCUCAGCCAUCGCCUUCCCAUUAGGCUACGGCACCGAGCGCCACUGCUGGCUCUCUCUCGAACAAGACUUCAUCUGGAGUUUCUUUGCACCAGUCUGCAUCAUCAUCCUCCUCAACAGCUUCUUCUUUGUAAUAACAGUUUGGAAACUGGUCAGGAAAUUCUCCAGCCUCAACCCGGAUGUCUCUAAACUAAAGCGCAUCAGGGGGUUCGUCCUGACAGCUGUAGCUCAGCUGUGUGUGUUGGGAGGGAUGUGGAUUUUUGGUUGUUUCCUCUUCCAGGAGCAGGGCACUUUGGUGAUGGCGUAUCUCUUCACUCUGUUUAACAGCCUUCAGGGGGCGCUUAUCUUCAUUAUGCACUGCUUAAUGAGCAAACAGGUGAGAGAGGAAUACAGGAAACUUUACGGCAGAGUGUGCAAGUCAGAAAAGAAGAAAUAUUCCGAUUACAGCACCAAUCAGUCCAGCAGCAGUCGGCGGCCUCUGAAGAGUAUUCAAAGCACGGGAGAAUCACAGAUAUGAAGCCGGACACAAUCUCUAGUUUCAUUUGACUUUUUCACAACAGGAGGAAUCUCCAUAAGAACAAUGCACUUUUCCAGUCAGGUUGAAAACCCCUCUUUGUCUAUGGGAACUGACCUACAAAUGCUUAUUUCUUCCAUUCAGCCAAUAGGAACUUGCCAGCAACUAACUGGAACAAAUCCAGAGAAGUUUAUUCAGCGAACUGUAACUGCAAUGGCCGCUAGCUUUACACACAGGCGAUAAAAGGAGACAGUUUAGGUUUCUGUUUUGGCCAAUUAUGAAGGACAUUAUUAGCUUAUUACGUCCAUGGCUAAUAAGACAGACUUAAGCUGUUGAAAGAUGAUCACUGCUGAGCCGUUCAAGAUGGAUUAAGUAUUUAUAAUACUGUACAUUUCCAAAAAAAACUCUGUUAGAUGAUGAUGUAUUCCUCCUACCGGUCACUUUAUGCUAAUCUGUGGGUAAAAAAAGAAAGAAAGGUACUUUAGAGUCACUGCGAAAAACACAACAGGGUCAAGCAUUUAAGUUCUUCACAAAACAAAAUUCUAUAUUUAUUUUUUAGAAAAUUAAGUAAAAUGUUUAGAAAUUUAUGAAGUUUUCACAACUUAUUUUGCUACAGUAGAUAGCGCCGAUCCAAAAGCGGGCAGAAGACUCAAGCCUGUGCUUCUCCUCUCCAUGCUUUGUUGGGAAGUUUUAUAAGUAGUGUGAUUAUAAAAUAUGCAUCUUUCAACUUUUAAAACUGUUUUGCUUAUAAAUUUCCAAUGUAAGGCCAUUCUUUAUUAGGAUGGUCCAGUCAUAAAUGGUUCUUAACAUUUAUCACAGGUGCAGUACGGUUUAACUGCAGUCAGCAUCAUGCUAGGUUAAGUGUCAUGCAUGAGAACCAUUUAAAUAUUAAGCUAAAUCAAACGUAUCACAUUUUUACUGUAGACUUGUGGACACUUGGACUCUGCUGGAUUCACAAAGGAACAGAUUUUUUUUUAUUAUUAGAGAGCACUUUUAUUUCUUUUUUCAUAUUUGUACAUCUUAUGAAUGUGUAAUUUACUUUAUAUUGACUUGUUUAUUUUAAAAACGUUUAUAUCUUUUGAAGGGAUUUUUAAAACAUAUUUUUCUACAUUGUUUUCCUGCUUUGUUGCACCAUGUUGUUCAGACUUCAUCUUGCACUCUUAAAUAAGCUCAGGGUGGGACAAGACCCUGAUUUGGUACUGAUACCUUCUCCAGUCUUAAUAAAAAACACACUUUAUAGCA